AAAUGCAGCAGCUCCACCAACGAUAACUCAGUGCACCUCUCCUCCACCUCGCGGCCCCGGGCGCCCGCGGCGGACGGCGUAGGUUCCGCCGGCCUCAACGGCCUCCGCGCUCCGCCCGUGCCUGUCGCCGACUCCCCUCCGCCCGCGUACCGCGAUCCGCAAGGCCUGCAUCGGCCUCUCACAACCGCAGACCUGAUGGGGACGAACGGGGAGACGCUCAAGGUUGCCUACCAGGGAUUUCCUGGAGCGUACAGCGAGGCGGCGGCGAAGAAGGCAUAUCCCAAUUGCCAGACCGUGCCCUGCGAGCACUUCGACACUGCGUUCCAGGCGGUUGAAAACUGGAUAGUUGAUAGGGCAGUACUGCCACUCGAGAAUUCGCUGGGUGGUAGUAUACAUCGGAACUAUGACCUUUUACUUCGGCAUGAUCUGAAAAUAGUUGGAGAGGUUCGUCUUGCAGUUCGGCAUUGCUUGUUAGCCAAUCAUGGCGUGGAUAUUGGGAACCUAAAGAGUGUCAUGAGUCAUCCCCAGGCUCUUGCACAAUGUGAGAAUACACUGACAGAGUUAGGAAUUGAACAUAGACAAGCUGUCGAUGACACUGCUGGUGCAGCAAAGUUUGUCGCUGAAGAAAUGCUCCAAGAUACCGGUGCGGUUGCCAGUUCAUUAGCUGCUGAACUUUAUGGACUGGAUAUUCUUGCUGAAAAUAUUCAGGAUGAAAAGGUCAAUGUCACCCGUUUCAUGAUGCUUGCUCGAGAUCCUAUUAUACCACGGGUUGACAAACCAUUCAAGACUAGCAUAGUGUUUUCACUUGAAGAAGGACCUGGGCAGCUCUUCAAGGCCCUUGCAGUCUUUGCACUGAGAGAAAUCAACCUAACCAAGAUUGAAAGCCGUCCACACAAGAAAAGACCUUUACGUUUAGCUGAUGAUACCUUCUCCACACCUAUCAAGUACUUCGACUAUCUCUUUUAUGUUGACCUUGACGCAUCAACGGCUGAUCCAAGAACUCAGAACGCUAUUCGAAAUUUGGAGGAGUUUGCAACCUUCGUACGUGUCUUGGGGAGCUAUCCUACAGACGUGAGCGAAGCUUGAAUGGCAAGUGACUGCUGCUGAUACUAGCGGGUCAUCAAUGGAUCGAUUGGAUUCAUAUGGGCAGUUAACCCUGCUGCUGAUGAAAAGUCAGCAAAGGAGAGUCAGCUGGUGAUACUAUCGAAGAGCAGAAAAGUACAUCUACAUCAGAUCAGGAAGUCAGCGGCAUAGUGUGGUUUUAAUGUCUAUUCAAUUGUCUACUUGGGAUACCAGUUAUCAUUGGGAUGCUCUACAUUGUGACUUCUGUUCUUGUAAGCAACGGUCUUCUUUUACCUCCAAUUGUAUAAUAAGAGUAAAGUAGUCGUGUUUAGAUGCAGAUAGAGCUUAACAAAGAGUUGAAUGUUUGGUAGGUGCUGUUUACUUGUAUGCAUUGGCAAAUCUUUUUUGCUUGCUUUUAGUGACUUAUAUCAAACCCUUCA